GGGAAAAUUGCCAAAAGAGAACAAAAAAACAAGGUUGUUGUCCCCUUGGUAUAAAUCCUUUUUUGACCAAUUUUUCUCCUUUUUACCCUUUGAAUUUCUGAAAACUAAUAAAAUAAAUAGUUUUGUGAAUCAAAAAAAAUAUUAAAAAUAUAAACAAUUAAUAAAACACCUAUAUACACAUGCUGGUAUUUUUUGUUUUCUCAAAAAGUUCAUAAAUAAAAAUUUGAAAAUACGUUCUACUAAAGGUAGAAAGUGCCUUCUACGGAAAAUGGUAUAGUAGAAAGCGAUUUCUAAAAUAAAUACGUUCAUCUACUAUUUUUAGAACGUACAUUCUACUAUUUAUUAAUUUUCUAUAAUAUGUGGAAUACGCAUUCUACUAAUCCCAAAGCUUCUACUUUUUGUCCGGAAGCAUCUUCUACUUUUAUUGAAUAUUCUAAAUUUUGCGGAACGUGUUUUCUAAAGUUUACUCUUCCUUCUACUAAAACUAGAAAGCGUGUUCUGGAAUUUUGUCAAUCUUCUAAACUUUUAGAAGGCACCUUCUACGGAUAAGAUUACCUGAUUUUUGCGAAAAUUAAUGAAAAUUUCAGUUAAGGAAAUAUUCUAAAAAUCUCCUAAAAAUAUUCUAACUUCCUAAAACGUGAUAUUUUCGAUUUUGGUUGUCAAAAAAAAAAAAACGAUUCUCACCUUUCUUCUCCAUCAAUCUAUGGUUUCUCCAUAGCUUUUCUUUUGAUUUUUUUCACAAACUCUUCUUCUCUAUGAUGCAUAUCUAUACCACAUGUGGUUUUUGGAAUUUAGCAACUACUGGAUGGGUUUUUGCUGCUGAUGACAAAGGGGCUAGGCUACAGUUAUUGGAAUCAAAUUCUACUUUAGAGGAUUUAAAAAGAAUGGUUGUGGAGGAUUUUGAUAUGGAAGAAGAUAGCUUAGCCGAUUUGGAGUUCAGUUAUCUACCUACCGAGUUGAUCAAUACACCAACUUCUCCACCUGUGAUAAUUGCAAACGAUCGUCAGCUUAAGAAUUUUGUUGGCUAUGUUAAAAAGAAUGUUUCUACUCAGUUGUGUGUAACAUCUAAAGCCAAGGCUCAGAAUCCGAAUGAAGCAGACUUUGAUCUUAACAACUCGCCAGCUGAUUCAAGUGCUGAUGAAGAGGACAGCCACUCGUUGAACAGAAGGGACGAGUCAGCUCCUGUGUUUGCUGAGACGCAGAGGAAGGAAAAGAAAGAGAAGUCGGAAGCAGUCGAAGUUGAUGAGGAUGGCUAUGAUGCUGAUACUGUGAUCUCUGAAAAAGAGAACAUAGAUAAUAUGUCAAAGUAUUCUCUGCUCCAUGUUGUUAAGAAGGGACAAUAUUUUGAGAACAAGACUUUGCUGAAGGCGACUUUCGAGAUAUGUGCAAUGAAGCAUAACUUUGACUAUCAGGUUAUCAAAACGGAUAGGAAAGUUUGGUAUGUUAGAUGUGCGGAUGAUGCAUGCAAUUGGAGUGUUCGAGCAGAGUGUUUGAAGGAUUCUACAUUUUUUAUGAUCAAGAAGUAUGUUGGUCAACAUACAUGCGCACCUUCAAGCAAAAGCAAAGCUGGUAAGACUGCCUCGGCAAAAACUAUAGGCAGUCUGAUUAUGCAUAAGUAUGAAGGGGUCAAGGAAGGGCCAAAAUGUAAUGAUAUCAUACAUAUUAUGCGUGGUGAUCAUGGAUGUGAGAUCUCCAAAUCAUUGGCAUGGGAUGCUCGUGAAUAUGCGAUCAAUGCAGUAAGAGGUAUUCCAGAGAGAAGCUAUGGGAAAAUACCAAAAUACUUGCACAUGCUGCGAGAGGCUAAUCCGGGUACACACUUUGCUUAUGAGAUGGACGGGAAAGGGAGGUUUCGGUACCUGUUUAUUGCGUUUGGGCAAUCUAUACGAGGAUUUAAUAGCGUCAUGAGGCAGGUUAUUGUGAUCGAUGGGACUUUUUUGAAGAAUAAAUACAAAGGAGUUUUACUCGUUGCAACUGCUCUAGAUGGAAAUUCUAAUUUGUAUCCUAUUGCAUUUGGAGUAGUCGACUCAGAGAAUGAUCGUUCUUGGCAAUGGUUUUUGACACAGCUCAAGGUUCUCAUUGCUGAUAAUCUUCAUUUGGCUUUUAUUUCUGACAGACAUGGGUCCAUCGUUAAGGCACUUGAGAAGGUGUAUCCCUCUGCUAGACAUGGUAUCUGUAUUCAUCAUUUGUUGAAUAAUGUGGUGACACAUUAUCAUGGGAAAGGACUUGUUGGGUUGGUUUCAAAGGCAUCAAAGAGUUAUAGAGUUGCUGAUUUUGAGAAGACAUUUGCUAAUGUGUGUAAUAUCAGUCCGGCUAUUGGAAAAUACCUACGAGAUGCUGAUGUGCAGAAAUGGGCUAGAUGUCAAUUCCCUGGAUACCGAUACGACCUAAGGACAACUAACCCUGCUGAAUCUAUCAACUCUGCUUUGCGUUCACCGAGAGAGUUUCCAAUCAUUCCUUUGUUGGACAGUAUCAGGGAAAUGUUGACACGUUGGUUUUAUAAGCGUAAGAAACUGAUUUCAAGGCAUAAUCAUCCUCUGACCAAAGAUGUGGAGAAAAAGAUAGCUAGGAGAACCAGGAAAUGCGCCACAUUUGAAGUUUACCCUGUCAGUGAUGGUCGAUUACUUGUUAGAGGUGAUCUGUUCGACUGCUUGGUUGAUUUGGAUAGACGGACUUGCUCAUGUGGAAAGUACAAUCUUUUGAAGAUCCCUUGUAGGCACGCAAUUAAAGCUGGUUUUUAUGUUGGAAGACAGCCACACACAUUGACUGAUUUUAUGUACACAACAGAUGCUUGGAGAGAAGCUUAUGAUGAAAGCAUAAAUCCUAUUGAUGUUCCUGAGGAUUCUUGGUCUGUACCAGAAGAAGUUAAGAAAGUCAUUGUGCUACCACCAGAGACAAGAAAAUCUGCUGGAAGAAAUAGAAAACGCAGAUAUGAAACUGUUGAAGACAAACUUCGAUCAUCGCAAACAUCGCAAAACAAGAAGGCUCGCACUUGUAGUAGAUGUCAUAAUAGUGGACAUAACAGAGCAACUUGCAAAGUACCAAUAUAGCCAGACCCAAAUGGUUGCUUAUCAUGGUCAGCUUAUUUCGAAGUGGAUUCUUAUCAUGGUUUCAGUUGUAUUUUGAUUCUAAAACUUUCGACUCUGUUUUCAUUUUGAUAUGUUGUUGUGCGUUGCUAUUCUUUUCUUAUGGUGUUUUCAGUUUCUGACUCUUGUUUUUUAAGCUAAGUACUUCUCCAAUUAUAUGUGUCUCAUCUUU